CUCCAACUCUCAUCUACGACCAGAACGAUCUGCUCAGACUCAUCCUUUUGCAUAGUCAACUUGCUCAGAAUCCACAAGCACCUCCCCAUGCCUCCCCGCGCCUCAGAAUGCAAGAGCGGCUACGCAUCCUCACGGCGUCGAAAUCUGACACUCCCAAACCGGCGCCAAAGCACCACCUUCUUCGAAUAUCGCUGUCCUGGGCUGCCCGACAUAGAGAUUGGGACUCUGGGCGACAUUUACGUCGAUACGGAUCCGAGGACGUGCGAGAUCUAUGCGAAGGUGGAAGGAGGAUGGCGGAUGUGGCCGGGCUUGCAUAUCAGAGCGAAGGACAAGCUGGCGCACCCAAGCUUUCCGGCCCUCUUCCUCACGAUCAGCGCGAAGAACCGGACGGUGGGCUGGUUUGACGAGACGCAUGCGCCGCCGAGGAUGUAUGCGGGAUGCAAGACGUCGCACGAAUGCACAAUGCGCUUUCUGCGGGAGAGGGAGGAGAGGGUGCCCGCGAAGAGGCGACGGAGCGGAGAACAGGACGACUCGGCGGCGAAGAGGAACAAGGCAUCUUUCGUCCACACCUUCCAUUCCCAACAAGUUCUGCCCCCGUAUGCGCCCAUCUACCCUCCGGUGGAGCUCUACGAGUCUGCGUACUACGCGCAGACACAUCACUCCCAUAGCUUUGAUGAGGCUGUACCAUUUCGCCGGCCGCUAAUGCAGCUAUAUCCUCACCAAAAGUCCACGGCCAUUCAAGCUCAGCUCGACACCCUAGACCACGAUCGGCAUGCUAUCUGCGUCCCUGCGCCUUUGGGCUCGUUCGACGCGGCUUUCAGCUACCGGGGAAUGAAUGACAAGAGUCACGCCUCCACCAACGUGGCAGCCCUCAACCCUUCCCUAUCUCCGCUCUCAUUCAACAACUGCCUCAAAAUCGCUCAACCGCAAGCCGUAGUCAUCCGUGAUCUCAUGGCUACUCAUCAGUUACUGAACGCCUUCGGCACCUCGUCGACGCCGUCUCCCGCCUCGGACGGCUCUUUUUGCUCCGAUGAUCUCGUCUCUGAUGCCCCCGGCCUCUCUCCAUCGACAUGUGCAUCUUCGGUCGCAAGCGAGGACUUGUCACUUUCCUCCGCCCCUCAGGUUACUCAACUCGCCCAAGCCUCUCCACACGACGGAACCUCUUCGCUUGACGUUGCAUUAUCCUCCGAAGGUUCGGCCCCUUCUGACUCGCGCGCAUACAUCCACCUCUCGACGCGCUCCACGACCGGGACGGCCUCUUCCGGGAUAGAAGCACGCGUCUCUUUCGUCGAGCCCGAGUCGGCUACUCUAACACGAGCUUCGCCCGUCAACGACGAGCCCACUAUGUCCAGCACGGGUGGCACUACGCCUAGGACGGGCGAUCUUCGCGCCGUGCUAGAAGACGCGUUGACGUGGAUAGAUUGUCUGCCGGAUGUCGCUCUCGAAUCGGAGGUGGCGACGUGCAGGCUGAAGGAUACGGUGCUGCCUGCCAGCUCGACAAACGAGACAUCGUCGGAGUGCCUAGCCUCACCCGCCUCAUUUUGCUCUGUAGCCGACUCGCCGCCGCUCGCGUACAAGACACCGCAGCAGAUUCUUGACGAGUACUCGGCCAUUCAGGUCCCCUCACCGCCCGCCCUUUCCUUCGAUCCCGAAAGGCCUUCUGGCGCUCCGGAAGUGCCUGCCCCGUCUAUCGUGUCCUCUGCUCCGCCGGCUAUUGAGUGCUUUGACCUGCGCGAUCAUCGGCUUUCUCCGGUCUACUCAGUUCACGCUCGAGCUGUUCAGAACUCCACCGCGCUACGUCAGCCGGCUCUUGUCGUUGACGGGACUCGACUAUCCCCAAGUGACCCCUCUGUCGUCCUGUCACCGUCGACUGCGCGCUCAGGCAUCGUGUUGCCACAAAAUGCUUCCCAGCAAACGGCUCCGCCUCCGGCAUAUUGGAACUACGACUACAGGCGUCCCCUGCAUCCGGCGUACUACUUUCCGCGUGCCUCUGUCGCUCCUCAGGGCAAGACUGACGCUCGCUUCUUUCUUGGAUAUUCCGCUGCUCAGCGAGAUCGCUCUGUCCAACCGCCUUAUCGUCGCCGGACUAUGCCUACCGUGCAAGCGGCUCCGUCGUCUUCUGUGUGCUCAUCCUCAUCAUUCAACGCCAACGACUCACGCGUUGCGGAAACUCCUCUCGCGCAUGGGCUGCCUGCAGCCGCGUCGUACGGCGUCUGUGGCCCACCUCCCACCUCAUCGGCUGUCAGGACGUAUACAGCUCCGCAUACAGGAUCUCCGCCUAGUUGAAUGUGCAGUACCGGUGGACGUUGGGCGUUAUUGUAUAUGCAGAAGUUGCUUUGGCUUACGCUAAGGUUGUCCAGCUUUGUAUACAGUCGAGUGAAGCAGCAUCAACGUAGUCUGAAGGCUCUGUUCGAAGCUGUACUUCUGGCUCAGGACCGACUGCAUCCUAUUGUAUUCCGU